GCCAAAACCGCCAUUUAUUGCAACGAUAAUAACAGCGCCGUUGGCAGCACGGUUGCCGUAGCUGGCAGCAAUAAUUGUUGUCGGUUAAAAACACUCGAGUAUGUGUCCACCGAUGGAGAGUCGAGCCGAUCGGCACGAUCCAUGUCAACCAGUAACACCGAAGACGAAGAAGAUUACGGAACGAUCGUUUCCAACAACGGUUUAUUAUACAGACAAACGAAUCUAGUUGAAACAACCAGCACGUCCGCGACCACAACGAUGACGUGCGUAGUGUCGGCGUGCGACACGAAGAAUCCGGCGAAUCGAAAUCCAUUGGAAAACGACUCGAAUAAUACCGAAAACCUCGCAACCAAUAACGUAGAGCCGAUCGGCAGGGUGAACGCCGGUGAGAUGCUGCCCAACAAGUUAUUUCCAUCGAGAAUCCACGGUGAAAUUUAUCCAGCUGGAGCGAGACUAGCUGACACGGGUUAUAACAAUAGCGGCAGUCAAAUCACGCAGGGUAAUCUCGGGGAGGGUUGUAUCAGUCUUUUAAACGACGACGCUUGUGUCGCGUACGUACGGCAGGGAAACGAACCGUCUCAAGCGUCCGCGAGUGUUUUUCAAGGCGACAGUGUCGAGCAACGUAUCAAUAUGGACGAGAAGAGCCGGCAACAGGACGGUUUCGAUAACCAAACCGGCUCGUCGCUUUCUUCGUCCAGUUCGAACGUCGGUGUUGUCAGUGGUGGCGGUAGUGUUGUUGUUGUUGGUAGUGGUGGUAGUGGUGCGACUAGCUGUGACUCUGUCCGAUCUGAUACCGGUGAAUCGUCGACUUAUAGUAGCCUGAGCAGCCCCGAAAGUCAAAGUCAAUCGGCACACGACGGCUUGUCUGCCGCGACGACGGUUAACGGCGGCGGUUCGUGCGCGCAGCAGGCUCCGCCGCUUCCGCGCAUCAACAACCCGAACAAUAACAAUAAUCAAGUUCAACAAAAUGUAGUGCUGACGAUGAACGGUAGUGCAGUGAUUACGCAACAGCAACAACAGCAGCAGCAACAAGCGAUUACGGUACCACGUGGAUGGAAAAGGAUAUGCACCAACGGGGUCAUCAUUUAUAUCAGUCCAAGCAGCACAGCGCUGGGUUCGCUGGAUCAACUGAAGGAGUACCUGACAACAGUGGGAACCUGCAAAUGCGGUCUCGAGUGUCCGCUAAGACCUGAACAGGUCUUCAACUUCGACCCCAAGGUUGCGUCACGACCUUGGAGCCCAGAUCAGGGCAAGACGCGGGAGAUGACCAAGCUCUGCAACCAUAAGAGGAAACUUCUGCUGCCAACUACGGCGGCCGGCAGUCCUGUUGCAUCCUGUACACCGACGGUCUCUUCUUCGCCGGCUUUAUCCACCGGCCCGGUCGCAACCGCGAUUCACGUGAACGCGGACUCGCCCACCUCGCCGGACAAAGCCAGGAAAGAUGGUCUCAACAAGAAAAAGAAGAGGAAAAUAGGGGGGCUAGGAAACAUUUUCUCAGGAGUCUCAGUCUCACAACUUAUGGCACAACGCGAAAGAGCUAUUGUUGCGGCAUCUGGAGUGCAAGGGUCACCAGUACCAAAUGGAUCGCAGGUGUGGCCUAUUGCGAUCCCUAAUUUGCAAGUUCAGCAAAGUAAUCAGCAGAUAUGUCAUCAAACAUUAAAUUCACCUUCUCAAACACAAGAUAUAAACGGCUGUGUAACGAGAAAUCCUCAGCAAAGGAUAAGUCAGCACAAUAUGUCGGGGAUGUUAAUGGGAAAUUCCCUGAUCAUGAAUCAGCAGGGCGCCAAUUUUAACAAUAUGACUCAGCAGCAACAACAGUUGUUGCAACAGCAACAUCAACAGCUUAUAUUACAACAACAACAACAACAGCAGCAGCAGCAGCAGCAGCAACUUAUGCAGCAGCAUAUAUCUCAACAACAGCAACAGCAACAGCAACAGCAACAGUUACUGCCUCAUCAUCAGCAAAUGCAACAUAUGCAGAUUUUACAGCAACACGAACAACAACAACAUCAAAACACGGUCGUGAAUCAGUUAACGCAACAGCAAGCUCCUCACUAUCUUAAUCAAUUAAAUCAGCAGCCGUUACACAUAAUGCAGCAGCAGGACCAUUUGAACCAGCAGCAGCAACAACAGCAACAGCAAUUGCACAUGCAACAAAUGCAGAAGCAUAAGAUGCAACAGCAGCAACAACAACAGCAGCAUUUGACUCAAGAAGUUGAUCAACAAUCAGGAAACUACAACCCUCAACAUUCGUCAGAAAAUUAUGUGCAUCACAUGCAAUCCUCACAAGUAACAGCUCAAUCUGCUCUUCAUCCGCAGUUACACCAAAUUCAUCAACAUCAGCUGCAACAACAAACGCAACAACAUCAACCCAAUCAACACGUAAUGCAGGCACAACCAGCGGAUCAAUUUCAAAUGCAAAUACAACAACUCCAGCAGCAACAGCAGCAUCAGCAUCAACAACAAGUAUCUCAGGUGUGCGUGCAACCUCAGUAUCCUAAUCAACAGUUGAAUCAUCAUUCGUUAGACGUAAUGCAACAACAAACAAUUGGUCCCGUGAUGAAUACUGCUGAUAUGCAGAACAGACAUAAUCGUACUUCUUCUGUGACAGAUGAAGAUUUGAAUGCGAAACAAAUUCAACAGCAGCAGCAGCAGCAGCAGCAACAACAGCAGCAGCAGCAACAACAACAGCAGCAGCAGCAACAACAACUUCUGCUGCACAAUCACGCUGUACAACGGCACCAUGUCGUACAAAAUGGGAACUUAUCGAAUAAUUCCCACGAAAAUAUGCAACGAAUGUACGCCCAGAAUCAGGUUCAAUAUCCUGUGAGAAGUUUCGAUGCUUCGAAAGGAGCUAUCGUAGAUGUUAAACAUCAGCAACAAUACGCUUUAUCUAAUGUAGCGGGAAGGAGCCCGAAUACCAAUCAUGCUGUUGAAACGCAGUCUGGAAUGGGACCAAACGGGCAACCCGGUAACGUGCAUUUCAAUUCGAGAACGCCACCUUGGCAACAAAAUCGGUCAGCUUCGGGUUCUCAUCAGCCUUCUCUCGUUACAGUCCAGAACAUCACAUGUAACUCCUUCGAUCGUGUUCCACCUCUACAUCACCACAUUCCACAAGCAUCCACUUGGACCGAUGAAGUUGCACGCAAGAAGGCCAAACCCAGUAAAGUAAUGGUGAAGAAACAACGCCAGCAUAGCGUUACAGAUGUUCGAAACAAUAGCCUUGAUCAAUCAGCUUCGAGUCCAAUAGAUGAAUUCAACGAGAAAAAUCAACAGAAUAGUAAUCAAAUUGGUUCGACCGUCAAUAGCAGCGGCCCGUCGUUUUUGGAAGAUCCCAGCGGUUACCUUGCGCAACAGACUGCUUUGUUGAAUAGCACGAUAUCAAGGCAAACCGGUGUUAGUAGCUCUCAAGUGGGAAUUGUCAAUAAUUCGAAAACACCGCAAACGAGUCAUGGUUCGCAUUUGCCUAAUAACACUUAUCUUCCACAACCAAAGCCUUCUUCCGGCGCCAGCCCCACGAGCACAUCGACGUUUAAUUCUGUGAAAAAUCACGCAACCUCGCCCGUUGUUGUACACAGUAGCAUGACUCCCACCUCGAGCAGUGGAGGAACAGAUUCGGAGAAUAGUCCUUGCCAAGGUUGUGUUACCAGUGCUGAUACUCAAUCUUAUGUGCAGGAUCAAUAUAAACAACAAAUGCAACGUCAGUACCUGAUGCAUUCUGAUCAACGCGAGGAUCCUGUUACAUCGUCCACGUUUGGAGAACAGUAUCAGAACAAUCAGCAGCAAGCUGAUUCAAGACCGAUCCAGGGUGGUACUGUGAGUACCAGUCAUGGAUCUCCGAUUGGUACGAACAGUCCAGCGAAUUCGGACACGCCAGCUUCGUCGACACCUGGAAUAUCGCAGCCGGCAACGCCUCAAAGCCUCAUUUCGUCGCAACCGUCGACGCCACAUAGUUACUCGCAACCGCCAACACCUCAUUCGCAUUCUACGUCUGGUCAGGUGCCAUCUCAACCUUUAACGCCUCAGGCUCAACAACCCUCACAGUCUUCGAUGGGUAGUGUUGCGCCAGAGCAACGCGCGGAGACGCCUUGCUCUGCUACAACGAGUUCAAACGUAGUUCCUUCUAGUACGCCAUCGUCGCAAUCAUCCACCCCCGGUUCAGACAGUAUGACGUCUCAAAUAACAAAAAGGCAAACCACGAGACAGUCGUCUUUGGAUGGUUACCAGCCACAUCCUCAUACUGUGAAUGCAGUUUCGAGAGUACCGAUGAAUCACUUUGCUGGUACGUCAUCGGUAAUAACCACAAUGGCAAGCGGCCAUACGGUUAGCAGUAAUACCAUCACAUCUGUGCUAGCUGGAAGAGCAAAUACCGCUACGGUUUCGAUAAAUACACCUUCUGGAAUACCAAAUCCCGCUAUACCAGAUAUACUCUCGAAUAAAUCACAGCAUCCAGCGUCUUCGACAACCUUAACGAAUGUACCAACCACUGUUGUUACUACGACGUCCUCUCUUCCGAAUAGUCAAUCGUCGAUAGCGAUAAGUGUGUCGAAAUCGCCAUUAGAGAUGGUUCAAAGCGUCGUUAGUAGUAUACAAGUACCUCAGGCCAGUACCAAUUCACCAGUACAACCUCAAAGUCAACAACAGCAACAACAACCAACCCAACAGCAUCCUCAGUCCAAUGUUCAAGUUCAUAAUGUUCUUACGUCAGGCGGAAUAUUAAAACAUCCUCCUGGAUCGACUUUACCUCCUGGUCAUAUAUUAGUGUCUAAUGGUGGUCAACUUAUAAUGGCUAGCACGGGUUCAGGAAUCAACGGUGUAAUGGCACCACCUCCUCCAAAAAUUAUUUCCAACUCUAAUUCGAUGCCACCAUUGUCAGUGUCACCUAUGGUCACCAGUGUGACAGGAGCUGUCAGCCAGGUCAUUCCUGCGGUGGGCGUAGCUCAGCAAGUUAUUGGACAGCCCACGGUGCUCGUCAACACUAUUCAGACUCCUGUACUUAUACAACCUAGUGUCAUGACGAUGGACAGUAUAGGUCAGAACGUUCAAAUACCGCAUCUAACUGUCGCGACUGGAAACGUGAUACAAAAUGCUCAGUCAAUCCUAGAUGCGAAUCAGGACGUUACGAGAAACGUCAGUGCGAAUCAAGGGAUGGUAAAUCGGCAACCGGCGUUGCUAUCGCCUGAAUCAGCAAUGAGCAAAAAGAAAGCGUACAAAAAACGAAAGACGAAUCCGCAGACAGUGGCCUCGAUGUUGCAUAUCGCUUCGUCCCAACAGAAUGCCGGCAUGCUGAUGCAGUCGCAGUCCAACUUUGCGCAGCAGAACUUCCAAACUCAGAGCAUAGGCGGUCCGAUGCUGCAGGCAUUGACAAUUGUUCCUGGCAAGGGUGGAGCACCAGCUCAAUUGGUAAUGAAUGGUCAGGCCGGUGCAACAUCGGCUCAGUUCAAUGCUCAACAAAUUAUCACGAAUCCUCAACCAGCUCAGCAAAUAAAUCUUCUGCAACCAGUGAAUUUAUUAAACGGAGCUGCUGGUAUGGUUCAAAAUUUCCCUACUAUUCAACAAUUCAUCGUUCCUGGUAUAGGAAGUAUGGUUAUGUCUGCUGAUGGAACGGCGACCUUGCUGCAAGACACAGGAAACAUCGGUAUGCAGUUGCAGAUACAGAACGUAAACGGUCAGAACGUGUUAACUCCGGUGCAAAGCCACAGUGGAAUAUUCAAUCCGAGUCAGAGCAUUUUAGCAGCUGGUCCUGCUGGAAUGGUCAUUCGAGCACCGCAAGCAACCGGCGGAAAAAUUAUUCAACAGCAUAGUCCUGGCGCACAAUUCCUCUCACCGAACAGUGGCCAAUUCUUAGUAAAUGGAACAACGUCGUUUGGGAACCAACUGAGUCCGAUAGUAGCAAAUGUCAGUCCGAACCAGCAAGUGACUUUUAAUGCCUCGCAAGUUCGACCGACAAACAUGCAGGGUCAGCAGGAAUUCAUACAGAUGAACGGGCAGACGUUGAUGGUACCUUGUGGGACGGCGCAGAAUAUCGCUGUUUCGUCGGCCCCUAAUCAACAGAACACAACAUUCGUUCAGCAAAAUACUACGAUCGUACAGCAACAAACGACCAUGGUAUCUAACAAUCAGAUACCUAAUUUUCAAGCUGCAGCUUCUAAUGGAACCACCGUCGAUCCUUCGUUAAACAUUGAUCAUAAUCAGUCGUAUAUUUUGAGUUCUGGAAUGAUUCAAGGAAAGGCGCCCACUUCCCCAAAAAGUAGCGUGAAUUCACCGUCUUCGGAGCAGAACGUUGAACAGCAGCAAUACGUUCUUGCCAGUAGUAGUACGACUGUUGUUGAGAAAACAGCUCAACAGAGCGAUCAACACAGUCCUCUGAUGGCAAGACAUUCUGUUUCGACUCAGACAGCUGGUAAUCAGGCGAAUAUGGCUCAAUCGGCUAUGAUGAGACAAGGAUCGCCGCCGGAUACCACCACACAUAGUCCAGGGAAUAGUCAAAGAUCGAAUAGUCCUGCCGUGGACACUACAACGCAUGGAGCAGCUUCACCUGCACCGCCAAUUACAGCUAGACAUCACUCGUCGUCUACGCCAAUGGUUCAUUGCGUAUCAAGUAGCGAACCGGAUUCAGGCGAUGUACCAGUGGCUUCGGAAGAUUGGAGAAUUCAAGGUAUCACCACGAAAGAAAUCACGCUUAGUCAGCCAGGUCUCCAUGGAAAGACAUAUGUGGAGUCGACGGUGACUACUGGGAUCCAGAUCUAUACGUCAGAGACGUUGAAGCAAGCCGAAGGUGUGGUGAGCACAGUGAGGUGCGAGGGCAGGGAACAUGCCCUCGGCCGCGGAAUCAAGCGAAAGCUGGACUCCAUCCAUUCCAUGCAUUCUACCCUGCAUGAAGACCAAGAUGUAACGGAGGCAAAGUCGGAGGAGAAGAGCCAGAGGAAACUGGAAGUGGGUGAGCUAGUAUGGGGCGCCGCAAGAGGAAGUCCGGCCUGGCCGGGCAAGGUCGAGUCUUUGGGCCCACCGGGCACCAUGACUGUCUGGGUCCGUUGGUACGGGGGCGGGGGCGGUCGGAGCCAGGUCGAGGUCAAGGCUCUCAAGUCCCUCUCCGAAGGCCUCGAGGCGCACCACCGUGCGCGAAAAAAGUUUAGGAAAAGUCGUAAAUUGAACAUGCAACUGGAGAACGCUAUACAGGAAGCAAUGGCGGAAUUGGACAAAGUCACGGAGUCAAGUAAGGAUCAGAAGAUCACCGGCAGGUCCUGUAAAGUGACCGGAAGCAGGGGACCGGAAAACGGCGGUGCUUCGAAGCAAGAGGGGAAAAGAUCUUCGAAGAAGUCUAUCGGAUCUUUGAAUCCUGUUACAGCAGAGCAGAAAGAGUGUAGGUGAUCCGUGUCGAUUAAUUCUCAAACGACUCAACUUAGAUUACAAUGAUGCGAUGGUGAGAUCAGUUCUGUACGAAGAAAAAUCGAAGAGGCUGUCGAAGCGUUUGUUAUUAAGAGAUUUCGGCACUCGACUUGUUCUACGUUGUUUUCUAAAUUUCCGGCAGACGAUUUACUGUUUUCGCUGACAAUGUGUGGAAGUUUCGUGUUGUAUUCGAUAGGACUAAUAUCGGAGACGUUUUUAAUCGAGUACGUCGACAGGUCAAAAUUUUAUGAAGAUGUGCUACUUUAUAAUUCUUAUCGAACACGGUUGAUUUUAUCGAAUACAAUUCUCGGAGCUUCAGAUUUUCCUAAAGCUUUACGAGAACUAUAUUUCAAAUUUUUCAUUCGAUAUAUUCAAUAUUGUCUUCUGUAUUGCGAUCAUAUCUUUGUGUAAAAUUGAACGAUAUUGAACUAAUUGUAUGAUAGAGCUAUGUAAAAUCACGAAUGCGGUUAUUUUACAUUAUCUGGGAUCUUCUAAGUAAGUGUGAUACGGAUUCAAAUUCUUGUAAUGGUUGAUAUGUAAUAUAACGGAUAGAAGAAGUCGCAAUGCAGAAGUAAAGAUUGUUGAAUGAGAAGAUCGUAGAAUAAGCGAAAUUAAUUGUUGUACAUACAUUUUUCUUCUAUUGGAGUAAAUAAGAAUUGUUCAAUUCUAGAAAUUACAGAAUGGUAAAUAAGUAUAAUUCUUUAAAAAAAAAAAAAAAAAAAAAAAA